CCUUCGGGUACUCCCCUCUAUAAAAAAAAAGAAAAAGAAAACAGCGAGAUCAAGAGGCAAGAUGGCAUUCGGUCUGGUUCUCUCCUUCCGGCCGGCCGUGACCCGUGCUUGCGCCACCCCCGGAGGCGACCGGCGGGGGCGCGGGCGGAGCGGCGGCGGCGGCGGCGGCAACUGGUGGGCCCCGCUGUUCGGGUGGUCUUCGGAGCCGGACUACAUCGACGGCGGCGAGGAGGAGGGCGAGGCGGGAGAGGGGAAGCAGCGGCGGCCGGCGCGGCGGUUCACGGCGUUCACGGAGGAAAAGGCGAGGGAGCUACGGAUGAGGACCUUGGAGACGGAGACCUUCCACGACGCCAUGUACCACUCCGCCAUCGCCUCCCGCCUCGCUUCCGAUCUCCCGCCCCGCCGAUCCGCCGACUAAUCCCCUUUCUUAAGCCUUCGCAACUCCGUCGGCUAUGAUUUAUUAUUAGAAGGAGAUCGCGAAGCCCCUCUUUUCUAUUUCUUUUUCUCCUUUGUAAUUUCUCUGUGUAUAUGAAUGGAGGAAUAAUGCUCCGUUACGGAGAUCGUGCUUUUCCUCUAGUGUAAUGGACCUUGGAACAUUGCAGAAAGGAAUUAUGCUCCAUUGGCAACACUAGAUCUGAAUCUGAAUAAUUUGACAGCAAUCCGAACAAUUUUAGAAUCUGAA